AUCGCGACAGAAGAAGGCUCUGCUCAGCUGCUGCUGCUGCAGUCCGCGAGCCACACGACGAGUACGACUGGUUUCAGUCAGUUUACGUUAGCGCGUCGUUCGUGGUAGAUGAGUUUAGUCGGUUGGUCCUCGCGCGCGAUGCCGGUUUUGUAAAGGGGGGUGUUCGGGAUUGAGUGUGAAGAUUCUGUUUCCAGAGACUGGAAAAGGUGUGUGAUUGUGGUCGUACAAGCGCUGCCAUCAGCAGAUACUCAAGAGGCUCCCAGCCAACAGCAUCCAAGUGGAUUUGCAGGUUUUUUUUUAACCGCUCUAUCUCCGUCGUGGUCCAUCCCGUCGUCCGGUGUGGCCUGUUGUUAUUGUCUCAGCACGGACCAGACCCGAGACUGGAAGAGCAUAAAGUUGCUGGUGUUUGUGUGACGAGGUUUGGGCGAAGCAAAAUGCACGAAUUCUUGUUUUGAUGGUUCCAAAAUAGUUGACGGUGGCUGGCGGUGCCGUUCUCGUAGCUUGUAGAGCCCUUAGCAAUUUACAGUUAUAGCAGGUUUGGAAAAAUUGGAUUAAUCUUCAGUGAGCUUGAAAAAUUAACAUUGAGCCUAGAGUGGUAAAGGAUUGGUUUGAUUUUGAGUGUGGUGGUAGUGCCCCGCAAAGGAAACAAGUUGCGGCAUGUUUUUCUGAAGAGGGCUUGCUAAGAAACAGAGUUCUUUGUUUUUGUUUUGACGACAUUCGUGCAGUUUGCCCUCGCCGAAAACGUCAGAACGACAGUCAAAGGUGAAUAACAGCGAAAAGGGUUUUAUCGAGUUGAAGACACAACCCCAUUGCAACAGAACGUGUCGUUUUAUUUUAUCUGAUCUGAAAAGGUGAAAUGUGAAAGAAGAAAUGUCAAGUGUCUGAAAGCAGUAGUGAAAAAAGAAAAUCCCCCGGUCAUAAUAUAUUUUUAUAUUCGGUCCAUUUAAUCUUAUCACGUAUAAUUCCCCAUCGAAAGGGCAGUUUGUCGAGGCAAAGCAAGGAGGAGUCGUUUUUCAGGUUGUGUUUUCGUUAUGCUUGAUUUAUAAGUCUCCCCAGUUUUUAUUUCUGUUGUUUAUGUUGCCGUAAAACCGCACAAAAGUGAAGGAAGCACUAAAAGAAAUAAGUAAAUAAAAAAUAAGAGUAAAUUGAAGUGAUUCCGUUUACGUUUGUCCUGCCUUUAUAUUUUCUGUUUGCGCCACGAGAUCGACGUUCCCACGGGGAAGAAGAGAAAAAGGCGUGCGAGCGAGAGAAAAAAAACGAGUGUAAUUUUUAAAGCGAUUAAGGAUUACACCGAAGCGAGUGGAAGGAAGCGCGCGCGAAGCAAAGUGUGAAAGCGUAAAGGAAGAAGGUGUACGUGAAAGUGAAUCGAUUUUGUGUGUUUGUUUAUAAGAGGAAAAGGUGAUCGACAGACGAGAGAGAGAGAGAGGAAAAAAAGAAAGAAGAGAUUUAACCGUGCUUAGAAACCUGAGAAAGGACGGACAAUCGCCCGCCCCCGGUGGAGGACAACGGACACCAGCAGGACCCAACAGGAGCGCUGGGCAAAGAUCGGAAAACCGCCAUUGCAGCACGGCCAGAGGUUUGCAGAACCGACCUAGAAUGGUGUGAAAUGUAAACAAAAGGUGAAAACGAAACCACGAAGUAGUAAUAAAGGCACCCGAGGUCGAUAAUUUAAUGACAGAUCGUGCACAUACGGGAUGGGCAAAAAGUAGUGCCCCGCGAUGAGUGCCGGACGGGGGACAGUUUUUUGCUAAUCGAAAAAGGAUAACUUUUGUUUCUGCACGAAGAAGAACGCGAACUCUAUUAAAGUGAUCCAGUAGCAGCAUGGCCGUCAGCAACAUCGUAUGCGAGUGGUUGCGGGCCCUCGGGCUCGGUCAGUACGCCGAGAGCUUCCUGGAUAACGGUUACGAUGAUCUGGAGAUUUGCAAGCAGGUCGGCGAUCCGGAUCUGGACGCCAUCGGGGUCCAGAAUCCUCAGCAUCGCAGCAAACUGCUCAAGAGUGUCCGGCUGCUGCGGGAGAAGGGCGCAGCCAGUGUGUACUUUCAGCUGAACGAUCCCAAAUCGCUGCUGUCGGAUAACAGUGACAGUCUCGAGCGGGACAGUUCGCCGCUGAUGCUGAACGAGCUGGAGGCACUGCUGCAGGACCAGCUGAAGGCGGACGGCGUCUGCUUGACGGCGCACCCGUAUUCGACACCGGACGGUGGUCGAGGGCACCUGGAAGGAUUGGCGUCGGUUUACUGUGAGAUGCUGAUGGCGCCGUUCGGAGAAGUAUUGGCCGCCCUAGAGGAUGCUCGGCUUCGAACCUGGUCCGAGCGGAGUCCGCACAGUUCUUCCGGUGGAAGUGGAGCACAUCGGGCUGGCCACCGGGGGAACUCGUGCCACGGGGGACUGCCCAACAGCCAUAGCCAGCCGAUCUACGUGCCGGGGAAGUAUUCGCCAUCCAGCUGUCUGUCCGAUAAGGAGGAGGACGAAAUUUAUGGCUUCGGCUACGGUGUGUUUGCCCCAAGGGUCGGCAGAACGACGCUUCAGCAGCAGCAGCAACAGCAGCAACAGCAACAACAACAACAACCACAGUCCCAGCAAAACCAACAGCAACAAUCACAAACCUCCACCAAUGUACCUGCGAACAGUGCUGCCGUACAGCAAAGCUGUCUCAGUCCACGUUCGGCAUACUUUUACGAAUUUCCACCCACAGACGGUCGUGAGACGAGCAAAAAGCGCACGACCCUGGCGCGACUUUUAAGAGGAUUAAAGACUGUUAAUAGACGUGAUAGAUCAAAUCAAAACAACGGCACCGGCACCGGCGCCGGCAGUGCGCCUAGCAGCACCGGAACCGCGACGCAGGCAAGGCCGCAGAACGAAAGACUGAGACAUUUUCAAAUGAACGGCGGUGGACCACAGCCAAGUUUCGAGGAAACCAUUCAGAGGCUUAAAAUUCAAGAAGCACUUAGGAAAAAGGAAAAGUUUCAACGGGAACACGAAGAGAUUCUUCAAGACAUCCGACGGGGACUGCUGCAACUCAACCGAGACUCUCGAGACGAUACCUACAUGUACGACGACGCGGUUACCAACGUGAUGCGGAUUCCCCACCAGGGACACUGGUACGAUGAACCACCCUACGAAAGCGAUCCGGACGAUUUCCUCAUGUCCGGGAUACGACAGGCGGGAGGGCCCUCUGCAACGAUACAGGGCGGACGAGUUUGCUACACCUCGAACGGUAGCGAAGGCCGAGGAGUGAUAUCGCUGCGAUCUGCCGGUGACAUAUCGAUACCCCAGCGGGGUCCAAUCCGGCGAGGACUGAUAGUGCCCCAGAAGCCACCGAACCCUCCGACCAUCAUUCCUCUGAAGCAUGCGAGAUCCCACGACCGGGAAAGUGGAGACUACGCCGGAUCGAUAUCGGAUCUGCACAGUGUUACCUCACGACUCAGCCAGGUUUCGAUUGGCACAAAUAAUUGCACUGCCCGUUAUCGCACACUCAGCGGUGGCCUGGGGGAUGAAUCUCCGUCGCCUUCGCCGACCCCAUCCUCGGAGUACGACGACAUCCUGCUGCAGAAGCAGCUCCAGCUAACGGUGGACCACCAGCAGAAUGGGGGUAGCUCCGUCGGUAGUGGCCAGAGUGGAACCGGUGGCGGUGCUGGUCUGACCGGUUCCGGGAGUAAUGGCUCCGGGGGUAUUUGCGGCGUUGGCAGUGGGAUUGGAGGAGGAGCAGGAGGAGGAGGAGGAUUGGGAAGCAGUAGUGGCAGCGGUAGUACAAAGAAUGGAGUCAAUAAUCUCAAGAACCUGAAGGCAGCCAAGAAUCGGAACAAUCUAUCAUCGUCGCUAGCGGCGGCGGCAUCGCACAAUAAAAAUUUAACGAUAAGUCAACAAAUAGCUUUAGUACACCAUUCCAAUGAGACAAGGACAUCGCCAAAGGACCAUCUGCUGAACUCCGGCAGCCGGAAUAAUAGGGAUUAUAGCAACUGUCUCGAUAGCAUCAGCGACCAGACGACUUUUCAGCAUUCGGCCAGCUCGGUGGAAAGCUUGCCCAGUGCAUCCGGAUCGAGCACACAGGCACUAGUUCGACCGGGAAGUCCGCACAGCUCCCUAUCGGCUGAGGAUCGAACAACGGUGGUUCCCAUCUGCCGGGCGAUAGCGCUAAUCGAUAGCAGUUCUAAUCCUUACGAUACGGAAGCGUUGAGGUUUAAGAAAGGUGAUAUCAUUGACGUCCUAUCGAUGAAUGCCUCUGGGGUGUGGCGCGGUUACGCGAAUGGUCGCUUGGGGCAUUUUAAGUUCAUCAGCGUGGAAGUACUGCCAGAUCACCCGGUAAAACCCUACAGCACCGGAAAACUAUUCAGUCGUGGUCGGUUGCCGACGAGUUGUCCCACCAGCGUAGAAGAACUGCUGUUGCGGAUAGGACUGAAGGAGUACACCUCGGUCUUUGUGCUUAAUGGAUAUGAAGACUUGGAACUAUUUAAGGAACUGGAACCGUCCGACCUAGACUACCUGGGUAUUGGAAAUACGGAACAUCGUGCCAAACUACUUGCAGCUGUUCAACUUUUGCAUGAUCUGGACUCAACCUCGGACGGCGAGGUGGCCGGUUCUAGUUCGGAGAACGACGAAGGGCUUCGGCUGAAUCACGUGAAGGGUUCGUCGAGUCAUCACCAUCAGCUGCAACAUCAGCAGCAGCAGCAGCACCACCAUCACAGCCACCAGACGUCUCCUUUUGGUCGGCGGCACUUCCCUCGGGAUUCGGGCUGUUACGAGGGUUCCCCGGUGCCGCAGUCCAAUAUCAACCCCGGUCAUCCGCUGUUGCUCCAGCACCAGUAUCAGCAUGGAAACAGUCACCACCAGGGGCAGAGCAACAGCCUCUCGGAUAACGAUACGAAUAAUCUGGACUCGGUGGUGGCGCAGUGUUCGAAUGAGAUACUGAAACGGGUCGAGGGUGCGAGGCGGUUCAAGGAUGAACCGAAAUUUUCCGCGGGAGCUAACAGUGGGGUGAAAACGAUGAACAGGGCAACGAAGAAGGGUGGAUUGCUGGGUGGAGGUGGCAAUGGUGCGGGCGGUGAUGACAUGACGAUACGAAGCAGUGGAGGAAGUGGGGGCGGUGGUGCCCUGAGCGAAAAGUCCAGUGAUUCCGGAGUGAGCAGCAGCAGUUUGUCCUCGGGACCGAUCAAGAACAAUCUUUAGCGGCAGUUUCUGCUGGUUACGGGAGAGCGAUGAGUGGAGAGUGAGUAGACUGGUGGGUAGUAGUGUGAUAGGAUACUGGAAGAUUUUUACUACGUUUUAACAUAAUUCACAAAGCAAACUGCCAAAAGAAAAAGACGAAUCAUGAUUAAGGGGAAAAGUAAAUAAAUCUAUAGAUUUUCUACAACUAUUUGGAGCACCAAGGUAAACAAGACUCGGUUUUGCAUACAGUUUGUGGACACAGACUGUCGAACAUGUACAGAUUGACAACAGUUGGCGUCCAGUUCAAAGGCCUACUUACUAUUGGUGACCCAGUCAAACGAAAUCUGAUCUGUGUUUUUGUGAUUGUUAUUGUUGUUACCGUUCGGGAGCAGUAGGCUAUCGAAUAAGAAAAGGAACCGGAAGGUACGCUAAUAG